CUUUUGUACUUCAACAAAACUUUAUAUUUUCCUAAUGGAAACCCUUGUGGGUUUUUUCUUAAUUUUUAUUUAUUUUUCGUAAUAUUUGGAGUGGACAUUUUAUUUCUGUUGGUGGGUAUGGCUUAACCAAAUGCUCUUGGACUUGAUAAAAUGUCGAUAGAUGGUAUAUUCUAUUUAUUGGGUUCUAACUCCAAUCCACAAGCUUUAUUUCGUAGUAUUUGAGUUUCAGAUACAUGGAUCCAUCUUCUUCAAUGGGGUUCUUUGUAAAGCCUGCGGUGUCACUUAUUAGAAGCUGACAUGGCACGAUGACAAGUCAUCACGACCCUAACCAAAUCUUCCGUGGCGAUUUGAAAAGUCAAAAGUCUCGAUAAACUAAUUCUCGAGCACCCUAAGCCCAUCAAGCCUUGAGAGACCAACUCUCAAGCAUAUUAAGUCCUGAUACCGCUCUAGGCCCAUCAAGCCUUGAGAGACCAACUCUCGAGCAUAUUAAGCCCUGGCAUCGCUCCAAGCCCAUCAAGCCUCAAGAGUCGACCCCUGAGCAUCCUAAGUCCUGGCAUCGCUCCAGGCCCAUCAAGCCUCAAGAGUCAACCCCUAAGCACCCUAAGUCCUGGCGUCGCUCCAGGCCAAUCAAGCCUUGAGAGACCAACUCUCGAGCACCUUUAAGCCCUGACAUCGCUCCAGGUCCAUCAAGCAUCGAGGAGCCAACUCUCAAGCACCCUAAGUCCUGGCAUCGCUCUAGGUUCAUCAAACAUCGAGAAACUAACCUUCGAGCAUCCCUAAGCCCUGGUAUCGCUCCAGGCCCAUCAAGUCUCAGGGAACCAAUCCUUGAGCACCUUAAGCCCUAGCGUCGCUCCAGGCCCAUGCAAGCCUCAAGGAUCUAAUUCUCGAGCACUCCAAGCCUUAGUAUCAUGCCAGGCAACACCACUGCGAAGGAUCAGAGCCCUAAAAGGCUCGCUGUCAAAUUUCGCACAUAGCACGAACCGAAGGUAGGGUCUUCGUAGCUAUAAAGAAUCUAAGAUAGGGAAACUUAGGAGGAUCUUGGAUUAGUGGAUGAGAAGUCAAGAAGUGUCUUCGCUUUUAGCAAGGCCCAAUUAACAAGAUAAUGGGAUUAUACACAUUAUGACAGCAAACCUUAAAAUCACAUUUAAUGCUAUGUUAGGCUUGACCAGCUGGCGGCCAAGCAACAUUUAAUGCCCUUGAUUAAGGGGGAAAUGAUAUAGCAACAAAGUGCAAGGCUCGAUGAGAGGAUUAGACCCUUUAGGCUCCUAAACCUCCAGGAUUACCCACGUAGUCCUAACUAGGAGCAAAACAUGCAAGAAACCAUGCAUGAAAGGGACCAUUGGAUAACAACCAAUGGAAUCUGGGCCUAUAAAUAGUACUAUCCCAUGAAGAAAUGGAUAACGAGAAAGGAAAAGCUGUCAUAAAAUAUUGUAUACUUGCCCUACCACCAUCUUAAUCUUGACAGUUGGUCUUUUUCUCCUCCUCUUAUAGUGAGCAUCUCAUCUGUUUCCUUCGUAUUUGUAUUACUGAUAUUGCCAUUACAUACUUAUUUAUUGUUUGAUCAAAAAGAACCCCUACAAAGCCUUAUCCUCAGUUUGACCUUUUUUUCGCCCCCAGUUGUUUCAACCCUUCCUUGUUUUCCUGCCGUCCUGUUAGUCUGUCUCAAUUGCUUUUAUGUUAUGUUUGGGAGAACUGAAUCAGUAGCUUGGAUUUGGAAUUGGAGAAAAAUUUAGUUAAAACUUGAAUUAAAUUUCCUUCCGUGGAUUUGGUAUUUCCAAAACACAACAGAAAUUUUAGGUUUUCAGUUCGUAUAGCAUCUUUUACUUUAUUGGUAGAUUUGUUGCCCAUUCGUUCCCUUUCACAUUCAUAUACAUUGGUUGCGAUUUGGUUUUCAAUCUUCUUCAUUAACAGGCUUGACCACUUAAUUCUCUUUUCCACUUACAGAUGAAGAAAGUGGUAAAGACUUACAAUGCGAGGUUUGUGGUCAACAUUAGUGAACUUGGAGAAGAUGAUCCACUUAUGCAAAAUGCCACAUUGUAUUUUCAGUCUCCAAAAGUUCCCUGGUACACAACUAGAGCUUUGAAAGGACAAGGGGCAGAUUACUUCCUCAAGCAGAUCAAAAUCCCUUACGGGAAAACGUUGGAUGUUAUUGUUGUCAAUACUGGGUUAUUGCAGGAUCUCUCAAAUGGCACUGGAAACAAUCAGUUACAUUGGCUGACGAGCAAACUUGAAGCAAGCAAUAGCAACUGGCAAAUUGUUGUCGGAUUCCACCCACUGAUAGCUUGUGAUGAGAACACUGAGCAAAUGGAAGCAAAACAAAAUUUGAAGCCUUUACAUGAUAUACUUGUGAAAUAUGGAGCUAACGCGUACCUGAGUGGACAGUCUUGUGAUCAUUAUAUACGUAAAGGGUUUACAAUGCACAUCAAUUCAAGUGCAAUGGAGAAAGGCCCUUAUUUUACAUCUAUUAAUCGAAGUUUAGUUUUAAAUAAAAGAACAUUCAAUGGAUUCCUUCUUCAUAGAGUCAGCUCCCUAGAGAUUGUGACAUAUUUCGUUACCUUGAAUGGGGAAGUCGUGCACAAAAUUUUACUCCAACCAAGAGGUAGGGAGGUCAUGUAAAUCUCACAUUAGGAGGAUCAAGUGUUCAUCCGUUAAAGUCACUUCAGAAUUUGUUCAACACUCUCUGUCUCUCUCUCUUAUAUCUCAGCAGCCACUGCCCCACAAUUCUUUUAGUUAUUCCUGAAUACUGAGUCAAUGUAAAUUAUUACACAUCUGUAUUUUUUUUUUGAAAUUAUUGUAGAGCGAGCUUCACCUUACAUUUUCCUUACUUUCAUAUGUAUGUAUACUUUUGACAUUAGUUUGUAAUUAGUGAUGAUUUGAUUUGAGCUCU